UACUGUGCAUUUGGCUUCAUUUAAUACUGCCGAUUUCUACGUCGAUAAUGUCCACCACUGCGGAAAAUGAGAUUGAAGAAUGUACUGAUCACGAAAAAGACAUCACCUGCGACACCUCACCAAUGCCUUUGCCUGGUGAAAUAAGUGAAAACUCGAUGGCUCUGGGGCAAGACGGCCAGGGUCUCACUGAAUUGCGCAAUAUAGCGUCUGAAAGAGAGAAAGUAUUAUUAAACGAAGUUGAUGACAGUCUGGGAGAUGGAACAAUAAAAGACAACGGUCAAAGAGAACAGCAUGUUGGACGUUGUGAAGAAAAAGAUGAUGAUGCUGUGAUGUCUCCUCCACCUCUUCACAGUCAUGAUAAUGAGAAACAACUUUUUGCAACAGAGACUGCAAGUAACUGUAAAGAUACAGAAAUUAACCAGAGAUGCUUGAUAUGUGGUCCACCAAAAGGUGCCCGUAAAACUGAGUACUCAAAGCUAUCCUUAUUUCCUGGUGUUGAGAAAGAAGUCCGUGAACUUUUGAAGAUAUUAACUGCUCCAGACAAUUCAGAUGUCUGUUGUGAUAGAUGCCUGGGUUUUAUGAAAACUUUAAUAAAGCUGAAAAAUGACUUUUUGAGUAUGAAGAGAUUAAUUAUAUCACUUCAUGUUGAUGCACAACUAGAACUAUCUAAGUCCAAUAACCAUACAGAAUUAGAAGAAGAAGACCACACUUUGAAUGAUCAAGAAAAUGAAACACACAAUUUGGACAACCAAGAACAAAAUACUAGUAGUGAGGUUCUAAUCAAGCAAGAAACCAUUGGCUUUGGAUAUGAGGAAAUUUGCAACAGGAAUCUUGCACCUGUAGAUGAAUUUUAUGCACAUGAAAGUACUCACACUGGGCAAAAAUAUUAUUUAUCAAUAUUGCAUCCAUUCAUAUGCAGAAAUUGUAAUGAAAAUUUUUUCAACAAGACAGAGUUCCUAAUUCACUACAAAGAGUGUACAGGUAUGAAAGAUGAAGCAAAGGAAACUAAAACUGCAGUAAAGAAUGAUAAAAAGAAAAAGGCCAUUGAUACUGGAACAAAACCAUUUUCUUGUUUGUAUUGCGAUAAAGCAUUCAGUAAGAGAAAUACACUUACAAGGCAUAAAAAAACCCAUCAACUGAAAUGUUCUUAUUGUGGAAAAUCUUAUAUGGGAACAAAUGCUCUUAAAAGGCAUGAGAAAAUUCACACUAGUAAGGAAUCGCACAGUAUAUACACUUGCUCUCAUUGUGAUAGAACAUUUGAGAGCAGAAGGAAACUUCUUUUGCACAAAGCUGAUCACAAAAAUGACAAACUGAAAUGCAAAAGUUGUGAAAAGACUUUUACCAGGGUGGCUGAUCUAGUUGAACAUGGAAAAAUCCAUGAAUUAAUAUGCUCUCACUGUGGUAAAUCUUGUUGGGGAUUUAAGGCUCUUAAAAGUCAUGAGAAAAAAAUUCACAUCAAUGAAAAGAAGCACAAAUGUAAACACUGUGGCAAGCCCUUUCCCAGUGAUAGUGAAUUGAAGCUACACAUGAGAACUCACACUGGAGAAAAGCCACAUAUAUGUCAGUACUGUGCAAGAGGGUUUGCUUUGAAGGCAACUUUGAAAAUUCAUGAAAUGACCAUGCACACUGGAGAAAAGCCAUACAAAUGCCAAUAUUGUGCAAGCCGAUUUACUACCAAAAUUCAUUGUGUAGAACAUGAACGCUCUCACACUGGAGAGAAGCCUUUUAAGUGUGAUAUUUGUGACAAAAGAUUUGCCAGAAAAUCCAAUUGGAGAUUUCAUGUUAAGAAUCAUCAAAGAAUUAAACAAGUUUGUUCUUACUGUGGAAAAAGGUUUGCUUUGAUCUCAGCUUUGAAAGUGCAUGAAUUGACCAUGCACACUAGUGAAAAGCCAUACAAAUGCCAAUUUUGUGAACGAGGAUUUUCUGUCAAAGUCUCUUGGGAAGAACAUGAACGCUCUCACACUGGGGAGAGGCCAUUUAAGUGUGAUUUUUGUGACAAAAGAUUUGCCAGAAAAUCAAAUCAUUUAAGACAUGUUAAGGAUCAUCAAGGAAUUAAACCACAUGUUUGUUCUUACUGUGGAAAAAGAUUUGGUAUCAGGAGUAGACUUGUUAUACAUGAGAGAACUCAUACAGGAGAGAGGCCAUUCAAAUGCAAAUACUGUGACAAAACAUUUAUAAGAAAAGACAAAUGCAAUGUACAUGAAAGGAAUCACAGAGGAGAAAAACCGUCAUAAUAUAUCCAGCCAAAUUAAAGUUGACCUAAAAAUUUAGAAUGUAAUGUUUAGUGAAUUUUCUAUGAAUUCAGAGUACUCUAAUGGUGUUAAUGUCAGUUGGAACUUGGACAAUACAACUCUUUUUCAUAAGUUUCACAUGUAAAGUACAUGCAGACCCCAGCACAGAGGGGUCACAUUCAGAGAUCCUGACUUAAUUAAGGCAAAUUGCUUUACUUUAAAUUAAACUAUGAAAUAUGUAA